AUGUAUUUCCAUUACCGCAUCCAUGGCGUUCUUCUUCUUGUUCUUUUCUUUCUCUCAAUUUUCUCUUCUUCUUCUUCAUCAACGAGUCAAAUCAACUCCAACUCAGUUCUAGUAGCACUUCUCGACUCACAUUACACUGAACUCGUUGAACUCAUUGAAAAAGCUAUGCUAUUACAAACACUAGAAAACACUGUUGCAACCCACAAUAUCACCAUUUUCGCACCAAACAACGAAGCUCUUGAACGUAAUCUCGACUCCGAUUUCAAACAGUUUCUUCUCGAACCCGUGCUUCUUGACUCUGAUCAGAAGCUCGCCAUGCCACAACCCACUCCGCUAGAAGCCACUCCAAUGCCAGAUCUGCGCCCCUUUCGCGCCGUUCAUGCCCAACAUCACUACCACCUCCCAUUCAGAUCUCAAUCAUUGUCGACAUCUUGA